AUGGCAGCCAUACAACCAGCUUCAUCCCUCCGACAAUGUCUCCGCACAAUCUCAACGUCGACGUCUAGAAGAGCUAUUACCUGCUCAUCCACGUCCAGCACAAUCCGCCUAAGCCUCCCACAGCGUCGUCCUGCCUCGACACAAGCAUCACAAGCGUCGCUGUGUCUCCCUCCCCAGAAGUCCCUGGACCGCGGACACUUGAUGCCCCGCCUGCGCCAGCCCAGGCGACAUUUCACGGGCACGAGGUUCAUCGCGCGCAAUGAACAAACUCCAUCGUCCGAGCCGCAACCAUCAACCCUCUACACUUUCGCAGACAUGCAAUCUCUCACGUCCCGCCCGGCGCCGAACCGCGUCAUCAUCGACGUCCGCGAACCCUCGGAGCUGAAAGCCACGGGCAAGAUCCCCGGUGCCCAGAACCUGCCCAUAAAGUCCGCGGCCGACGGCUUCUUCCUCGGGCCCGACGAGUUCGAAGAGAGGUUUGGCUGGGAGAAGCCCACGGCGCAGGACGAGGUCAUCUUCUACUGCAAGGCCGGCGUGAGGAGUCGGGCGGCCGCGGGUCUGGCGGCGCAGGCGGCGUUCGGGGGCAAGAUUGGCGAGUUUCCUGGGAGUUGGAUCGAGUGGGCGGAGAAGGGUGGGGAGGUGGAAAAGGUGGAAGAAUAA